GCUCAACUUCUACCGCAGAAGUGGCUGAACAGACCCCGGAUGCUCCAAGUGACUUGGAGCCAGAUUCAGAUGAUCACUUGGACAACAAACCUGCAAAGAAGAAGAAACAGAAACUUGCCCAACCAAAUCAACCAUCUAUCACCUCAAAAGCAGAAGCCUCCGCCUCCAAGAAGAAGCCUGAAGAGCUCAAAACAUCAAAUACCAAACCAGGGAAAUAA